ACAGACUGCCGGUCGCUGCAUGGCAACAGGCGCGAGGGAUUCCCCCCCGACCGCCGCCUCCCCGUUUUCACGUUUAUACCUGUUUUUGCGUUAAAAACCUGUCUCCGUUUUGACGCGCCCGUACGCGGCGGCAUGUACUGGAAUUUAGAAUAACGCGCGAGGCGGAGCCGAAACUUUAAACGCAGGGAUAUUUGACCAAAAGAAAAGCUCGUGCAGUGACACCGAAGAGCAACCAAGAGGACACCACAUAGAGAUUCUCAUUGAUGAGGUGUGGAGAAACUUUUUCCUAACAUUUGUGACUGAAGAACAUCCCUCUUUCGGACUAUAAGAGACUGUUCCCGGACGUUUCCAAAAGGAUUUACCCCUAUUUUUCUGCUCAUUUUCAGGCAGCCUCCAAAUGACGUCGAGAUGGCAUUAGGUGGGACGCUUCUGCCAUCUAUAUCCACAUUUACCAGCGGCCCCACAGUCAAGAGUAAAUCCAUAGGAAGUGCCAAUUUAGUGAGUAGCCUGUGGUCACUUCUUGUUGCAUGUGCAUGCCAAGUAGCCACUGGCAUCCCUAAAAUAUGCGAAAGGGAAAUAUGUAACCUAUGCAGUUCAUCCACAGUGCUUUCCGAUAUGUGGCUCACAUGUUGUUAUGUGCCUGACACCACACUGUUCUGGGGUGUGCACCAGUUUACAUAAGCAUAGAGGCUGGGAAAGACAGGAUGGGGAAACUGAUGCCUACUAGGAUUAGUUUGUGGUCAUGAUUUGUUGUAAGUUGACUGUAAAUUGUGUGCAAUAUCUUUUGAUGGUAGUCUGAGUCUGAUCUUAGGAGCCAGAGUUACUUACCUGUGCCACCACUAAUGCAAUUUCUCAGUGAGGGGGAGAAUAAUCUGUUUUCUAGGAAGUGCUCUCUAUCAAGGGCACUUGCUACACCAGACAUAGCUGUUAUAAUUAUCACUUUACGUUAGAGAUUCAGUGUCUUUUUUCGAUGUGUGUACCAGAAGUCCCGUACUUUUCUUUCUGCAUGUAAGGCUCCACUACGAACCCGUGUAGCUAACAUAGAGUGGAGUCAUUAAUUCCUUUCUCUGACCCUCGCCCUUUCCUCUAGAGAUGGAAGGAGGAGUUGUCCCAUCUUAAGAGACCCAGUGUGCCAACUGGAAGCAGCUGCCCUGACCCUGACCAUCCCACUGCCACCAGCACCACAAGCCCCAGCAUGUCCAAAAAACACGCAGAGCCUGACCUGGACUUGGACUACGAUUUUAUAUUGUCUAACUCUAUUUUGCAGCAGCAACAACAGCAACAGCAGCAACAACAGCAGCAGCAGCAGCAGCAGGAUGAGGCCAUGGCAUGCAGCUCUGCCCAGGCCUUGUCCCCGUCCUCAGGCUCCUUCUCAUCAUCCUACCCCCUCCCUUCCCCUCAGGGUGCUGCUAGUGAGCUCCUUUACACCAUCCCAGAUAUCAACGAUGUCUCCCCCUCUGGAGGCUUUGUGGCAGAGCUCAUGAGACCAGAAUUAGACCCUGCUUACCUCCAUCCCACCAGCCUCCAUGGCAAAUUUGUGGUCAAGACAACAAUGGACAUGGGAGAGUAUAGCCAAGGUGUGAAUGUAAGCAAAGCCUGUGUUAACUCUCCAUCAGACCCCACUCCUUCCCGCGCCUCGCCGUCCUUUCCGUGCCACCGGAUAAAGCAGGAGAACCCCAGUAACUGCACCAUCUCGCAGCCCAUCGACCUACACCUGGGAGGGGUGAACUCCCAAGGCCGUGGGAGCGCACAGCAGCAGCAGCGCCCAAGCCACUUAGACCUGCAUGGGUUUCAUGGGGGACAGAGAUCCAUGACAGCCGGAAGGUUAUCUUCAUCCUCCUCUCUCUCCCCGGACCAUCCUCUGAGCCGGGAGCACCAGGUCCUCGGGCAUCCCCACGCUCAGAUCACUCUACCUCCCCAAGGAUACCACCAUGGCUCCCCGCAGGGCUACACCUCUUACCCUCAGCCGUCCUCCAUGCAGUACCAAGGUCAGAACUCAUUCCUUUUCGAAGUUUUAGACUACAGAAGGGUUUCAAUCUGUUGGGGCUUUUGAUUGUUGUAAAUAACUAUUACAAUUUUUUAAUGAUUAAAAAAAUGCAUAUAUGUAAAAACAACAAAAAACAUGAAUAGAAAGUCAAAUUCCUUUAAAUUGAUGUGUAUUUAUACAGCGUCAGGGGUUUAAUUAAACCCCAAAACCAGCAGCUCACAUAAAGUUAACCCUCAAUCCCAGUCUCGUAAAAAGGAAACCUGUUUCUAUUUAAGUACAACCUUUGUUAAGUUUAUUCAUACAUAGGUAUAUUUAUAUUUAUACACACACACAUAUUCUAUUCUACAUAGGUUUCUAUUUUUUCUGCUCUGGUCUUGUCUUUCAUUUGUAUCUAAAAUAAAAAAGACUGAUGUUUACUUUCACUCUAAGCUGAAAACAAUAGAAAGCACACUGAUUCAUAUUUAGCAACAUUUUGCCUUUCCCACCAUUGUACCGUCUCUGUGUCUCAGGUAAUAAAGUGUUGUCUUUAGCAAAGCUUCAAAACACAAUAUGAUCUGUUCUCAUGUUAGCAUUGUAUGGUAACUUUUACCUGUAUUACACUCUUAUGUUUAACGUGACUUUUAUGGUAAUAGUCCUGAUGUUUUGUCCCUCAGAGCCCCUCAUGAUUUCUAGUGGAGAGUGCUUACCGGAGGAACCAAAGCCUAAACGAGGUCGGCGCUCCUGGCCGAGGAAGAGAGUUGCCACACACACAUGUGACUAUGUUGGCUGUGGCAAAACAUACACAAAGAGUUCUCAUUUAAAAGCACACCACCGCACGCACACAGGUAUGUAACUAUGUUUCUGCAGUAUUUUUUCAGCCUCUGUUUGCUUCUGUUUUAAGUUUUUUUCAUGGGAGUUACGGCAAAUGUGGGACUUUUAUGAAAAAGCGGUUUCAUAGUGUAGUCAUGGUUUAGAGAUAGUUUUAUAUUGGAUAUCCACAUCUGUAUUUUCCAACAUGUUUGCUUGUAGUGUCACAUACGGGGGUUAGAUGGGUUGGGGGAUGGAGUAGUGGAGUUGCACAGCAGGUGCAGUGAAACAGGUUGAUACUGAUCCCUGCUCAAAUACAAACCCCGGGCCGGUAAGCUUUGCUUUUAUACCCGAGCUGCAGGACAGGAUGGACCUCUUUUCUCCUCAAAGUGUAGGGGAAGGUUGGGCCAGUUUAACCUCAGGGCCAGCACUAACUGCUCCAUGUUUGUGUAUUGUGUUUCCAUCAAAGGGGAGAAGCCUUACCACUGUGACUGGGAGGGCUGUGGUUGGAAGUUUGCACGUUCGGAUGAACUCACACGCCACUACAGGAAACACACGGGCCACCGACCGUUCCAGUGUCAGAAAUGUGACCGGGCCUUCUCAAGGUCGGACCACCUCGCUCUCCAUAUGAAGAGACACUUAUGAGACUUUGCGAUGGCACGAAGGCACCAGGAAAAUAAAAAUUGUAAAGAACUUUGAACAAACUUAGGAGCUACGCUUUUUAAAACCAUAAUUUGCCUUCAAGCCGUUGUCAAGCAACAAGACAAGCUGUGGUGUUCGCAGCAAAAAAAAAAAAAAAGAGCCCAGAAUUUCUCUCGAGACUGAUCCCCGUCUUCGCACAUUGUGUAGGUGACUCGACGAGACCUCUCAGUCAGGGUUGUAAACUUUUAUGAAAGGGACCAAACUGGAAUUUGUCUUAUUUAACUGACAAAACUUGGAGGACCAGGUGCCAACAGCUUUAAACUGGAAAUGUAUUUUUGUCAGGGAAACCAGGAGCAACAGACAAACAUCUCCAGAGGCCUUCUGCCAGGGACAUGCUAAUAAAGGCACUGUUAACAACCACACACUGUUCAAAAUACUGUAUUAAUAAAUACAUCUAUAUUUAUACACACAUUUCACCUGCAAUGCCAUUAAUUUCAGGUACAAUGUUAAUUUAUAAAGAAUGGUGCUCAGUGACUCUGAUGAAGGUUUAUAAGAAAGGUACCAAAGAUAGAGGAACAUCUUCAAAAAGGGUAAAAAACAAAGAAAGAAAAAGUGCCAUAUGGUUGUUUGUGUGUUUCCUAGAAACCUCUCUUCCACAAUCUGACAUAAAUCAGGUGAACACUUCACUUAAAAAAAGUGAUGGCAAUCUUCAAUGCACUGCGGUUGCAAAGUGCAAUAAUUUAUAUGAGACAUUCAUAUUUUUGUAUGGAAUGAGUGAACUCUGAACAAAGAUGUUUUGUUUAUAGCCAAAAUAUGUAAUAUAAUCUUGAAUUUUGUACAUUUGUAAAUAAAAAUUUCUUUGUUAUUGUUUUGUAUUUUACAGUAUAAUAAAAUAAAUUGUAUUUGAAAUAAGAAAA